CGGGCGCGCGCAGCAGCCGCCGCUGCCGCCGCCAUGGGCUGCACCGUGAGCGCCGAGGACAAGGCGGCCGCCGAGCGCUCUCGCAUGAUCGACAAGAACCUGCGGGAGGACGGCGAGAAGGCGGCGCGGGAGGUGAAGCUGCUGCUGCUGGGUGCUGGCGAGUCUGGGAAGAGCACCAUCGUCAAACAGAUGAAGAUCAUCCAUGAGGAUGGCUACUCAGAGGAGGAGUGCCGGCAGUACAAAGCUGUAGUCUACAGCAACACCAUCCAGUCCAUUAUGGCUAUCAUCAAGGCGAUGGGGAACCUGCAGAUUGACUUUGGAGACUCCUCCAGAGCGGAUGAUGCUCGGCAGCUGUUUGCACUCUCCUCCACUGCUGAGGAGCAGGGCAUGAUGCCAGAGGACCUGGCCAACGUCAUCCGGAGACUGUGGGCUGACAACGGGGUCCAGGCUUGUUUCAGCCGCUCCCGAGAGUACCAGCUGAAUGACUCUGCUGCCUACUACCUGAACGAUCUGGAGAGGAUAGCCCGUGCCGACUACAUCCCCACCCAGCAGGAUGUGCUGCGCACCAGGGUGAAGACCACAGGCAUCGUAGAGACUCACUUCACCUUUAAGGAUCUGCACUUCAAGAUGUUUGAUGUGGGUGGCCAGCGCUCGGAACGGAAGAAGUGGAUCCACUGCUUCGAGGGGGUGACAGCCAUCAUUUUCUGCGUGGCCCUGAGUGCCUAUGACCUGGUGCUGGCUGAGGAUGAGGAAAUGAACCGGAUGCAUGAGAGCAUGAAGCUGUUUGACAGCAUCUGCAAUAACAAGUGGUUCACAGACACAUCCAUCAUCCUCUUUCUCAACAAGAAGGACCUCUUUGAGGAGAAGAUUGUGCACAGCUCCCUCACCAUCUGCUUCCCUGAGUACACAGGGGCCAACAAGUAUGACGAGGCAGCCAGCUACAUUCAGAGCAAGUUCGAGGACCUGAACAAGAGGAAGGACACCAAGGAGAUCUACACCCACUUCACCUGUGCCACAGACACCAAGAACGUGCAGUUUGUCUUUGAUGCCGUCACUGACGUCAUCAUCAAAAACAACCUGAAGGACUGUGGUCUUUUCUGAGGGUGGCACUGCCCAGGAGCUGCAAAGGAAGGACCACGCCAUCUCUCCCACUCCUGCUUCUCUUCAGAUUCAUUCCUCCGCCCACCCCAUAAAGAGACUUUUUGAGUGCCAACACAGUGGCAGGGCCCAUGUACCCCCUGCCACAUGUGUUUCCCCGCCACCAUUGUCCUCCUCCUCACCGGCAUUGCCCUUCCAGGGUAGACAAGGUUUUAAUUUUGG